CAAUGUUCCCUGUAAAUUGAGUGCUUGGACUGCCCCGCAGGCGAGAUUAAAAAGCCACCCUGAGGGAACAUUGCCCUUGAGCUGUAGUCUGCAGUCCCUGCAUCAUUUAUAUUAUUCUAUUUUAUUAAUUUGCAUUGUGUAUUUGCAACUUGCUUAACUGAUAUAGCUGGUGAAAUUUAACCUUUGUUUUACCUAUUACUUGCUCUGUGGAAAGUGUUUCUUGGAUAUACCACCCACGCGCCCAAAAAAAACCCAUUAAAGAUAAUCCAUAGAUAAGACUGUGAUGAAGGAUGGAUUUUUAUUUCAUGCAUUUUUGUAUGUGAAAAGAUGUUUCCAUUAGAAUGAAUACUGAGGUUAUUUAUGCAACACUAAUUUAACCAUAAAUCCUUUUAUUGAAUACAAAGGCUGACUGGUAGUUACACAGUUGCUCUAAACAUUCCUUAAUAAGCAGUGUACUACUUACUCCAAACAAUAACAAAACAUUUAUAAGCAUUUGAUCAAGAUAGUUACAAAUGGGGUAAACCCAGGGAUGCAUAGACUCGUAAUGGGAGGCUCUAACUUGGUCAGUUGGUUAGGCAGAUAUUAGCAAUGACCCCUUCUAAAGCUUUCCUUUCUGUACCCUUUAACUAACAAGUGAUGUCACUCAACAAGAGAAGUCAAUUGCUAACUUCAGUGCCUUUCUUCCUAAGGCCUUUUCUUGCUGUCUCCUCCUUGAUAACAGUUUUUCCUUUGCAUUUAAGUUCAGACAGGGCCCAGUUCUUGAGGGCACUAAUAAGUGGGUUGGGAAGAUCCCUAGUGGUUAUUUUUAAGAUAGCUUGUCUUCUCUAAAACCAUCUGUGGUCACUGCUAUUGGUCAGAGGCUUUCUUCUUGGGAACAUCCCCUCAUUUUAUUCUUUGAAUGAGGCAUCCUCCCUUCUUCAUUACUUCCAGCCUUAUCAUUAGUUUCAAGACCCUUCAUUUAGGUCUUGUUAAGGUCUUUUUUUUCCCGCACUUUUUUUAAAUCAAAUUGACACUAAUUUUAAUUCUCUAAUUUAUAUUGUACAGUAAACAAUGCAGUAAUGUGUCACUGCAUUUUUGGUAAUACAUUCAUAACAAGAACAUGUUGCUUUGCAGCAUUAAUUGACGCACUCAGAAGGAAUGCCUGCCCAACAGAGGAAACCAGCGAGAGUUCUGACUUCUGUGCUUGCAGCGACUGUAUGAGAGUGAAGGAGAAGAAAUGUGACAGUGAGAGGGGUCAGACGUGCUCUGGAGAGGCUAGUAUGACUUACACAGAGGAGCAGUUGUAUGGGGUACGAAGAAUAAAGAAGUGUAGCAAUUAUUAUGAAAUUUUGGGAGUUGGAAGAGAUGCCAAUGAGGAGGAUUUGAAAAAAGCUUAUCGAAAAUUGGCCCUUAAAUUUCACCCUGACAAGAACUGUGCUCCUGGAGCAACAGAAGCUUUUAAAGCAAUAGGUAAUGCUUUUGCCGUUCUGAGCAACCCAGAAAAACGAUUACGAUAUGAUCAGUUUGGAGAUGAGCAAGACACUUUUAGCAGUCCCCGGGCCAGGAAUUAUGAUUAUUACAGGGAAUUUGAAGCAGACAUCACACCAGAAGAAAUAUUCAACAUGUUUUUUGGUGGGAAUUACCCAACAGGAAAUAUUCAUAUGUUUUCAAAUAUAACUCCAGAUGCCCACUAUUAUCGACGACGACACCGAAAUGAGAGAGCAUGGACGCAGGAGAAAGAAGAGGAAGAAAACAGGCCUCAGAACACAUACUCUGCAUUUAUUCAGUUGCUGCCAGUUUUGGUGAUCGUAGUUGUGUCAGUUAUAACUCAGCUGAUGGCCACUAAUCCACCAUACAGCCUGUUCUACAAAUCGUCCAUAGGCCACACUGUUCCUAGAGAAACACAAAACCUGCAGGUGCCUUAUUAUGUUGAUAAAUACUUUGAACAUAAUUAUAAAGGAGCAGAACUUCAAGAGCUAGAGAAAGCUGUUGAAAAGGAUUAUAUAGACUAUAUCCAGACCAGCUGCUGGAAGGAGAAACAACAAAAAUCCGACUUGUCCAAUUUGGCCAGAUUAUACAGAGAUGAGCGAUUAAAACAGAAAGCGGAGUCACUGAAACUCGAGCACUGUGAAAAGCUCGCCAAUCUUAUUGGACUGCACAAGGGGGGCUGACCGGGCUCCACACAUUCUGGGUUAUUUAUUGCUGUUUUAACUUGUUUCUAGUUCCUUUUAUAUUUAUUUUUAAAAGAAGAAACAAAGCUUAAUACAGAGAGUCUUAAUAAUU